GUUGACUAUAGAUAUUUAUAUAUACGCAGAGAGAAGACUUCUCUCUGAUAUACGUAUACAAUUUAUGCUACAUUCGCUACAUUCUAACCUUUUUCUUUUUGUACGAAAAAUUUAAGGGACAACCAUGGCAGAGGGUGACGAGACUUUGAAGAAGAAGAGGACCUUCAGGAAAUUUACUUUCCGGGGAGUUGAUUUAGAUCAACUCUUGGACAUGCCCAAUGAACAACUCAUGGAGUUGAUGCAUGCCCGGGCUCGUAGACGUUUUUCACAUGGAUUAAAGAGAAAGCCUAUGGCAUUAGUGAAAAAACUCCGAAAAGCUAAGAAAGAAGCACCACCAAAUGAGAAACCAGAAAUUGUCAAAACUCAUUUGCGUAAUAUGAUUAUUGUACCAGAGAUGGUUGGAUCUAUUGUUGGAGUUUACAACGGAAAGACAUUUAAUCAAGUUGAAAUUAAACCUGAAAUGAUCGGACAUUAUCUCGGAGAAUUCUCUGUCACAUACAAACCUGUAAAACACGGUAGACCAGGUAUUGGUGCUACUCAUUCUUCACGUUUUAUACCUCUUAAAUAAGUUAUUAACUUUCAAAAUGUAAUAAACAAAGAUUAAAAUAUAAA